AUGACUAGUAUAGACGAACUGUUUAAGAAACCUUCAGCGCCCUCGGCCCAGAAGCGCAAGUUUGAGCCUAUUCGAAAUCCUGAUGAAAUCUACAAAUCUGUUAAAUUGGAUCCGAGUGCCGACACGCGACAAGGCAGAACCGCAACAGUAGGCGAUGGCGAGGACGAUGAUGUAGCCGGCCCUGAACUGCCGCCCGAUUUCGGCGAGGAAGAUGUCCCGGAUGACGAGGAGGGCCGUUUCUUUGGUGGUGGUGUAACGCGAGAUACGGCUGGAGCGUUAGACUUUGUUGAAGAGCAGGAUAAAGAAGGAGUUCAGGCGGAAAAGAUUGAUUCGGCGUGGCUAAGGCGCGCGGCCCUGAAUUUUGAAAAGCGAAUAACGAAGAACGCAGAGCUGCGCGCGAAGUUCGAGGGAGAUCCGCAGAAGUUUAUGGCUUCAGAAGCAGAUUUGGAUGUUGAAAUCAAAGGAUUGUCGGUUUUAUCAGAGCAUCCUUCGCUAUAUCCGGAGUUCGCUGAGCUUGGCUGUGUUGGAUCUAUGGUCUCGUUACUGGCACACGAAAAUACCGAUAUCGCUAUCGAUGUUAUCCAAAUUAUAGCUGAAUUGACGGACGAGGACACGGAAGCAAAAGAAGAUCAAUGGGAGGCAUUGGUAAACGCCAUGCUAAGUGUAGAUAUCCUUGAACUUUUGGCUCAAAAUCUUGGCCGGUUUAAUGAAGAGGUUGAAGCCGAUCGAUCUGGGAUAUAUCACGUUUUAAACGUUUUGGAAAAUUUAGCGUCUCAAUCAUCAAUAGCAGAAAAAAUAGGCCAGGAACAAGAAAUAAUGCCAUGGCUUCACAAGAAAAUACAGGACGCCAAAUUACCUAUCACACAAAACACACAGUACGCCGCCGAGAUUCUUGCAAUUUUACUCCAGUCAUCAAAAAAGAAUAAAGAACGGUUUGUUGAGCUGGAAGGAGUAGACACGGUAUUACAAUCACUUAGUGUAUACAGAAAGCGAGAUCCUGAAAAGGACUCUGAUGAAGAGGAAUAUUUUGAAAAUCUUUUUGAUAGCUUGACAUGCAUGGUUGACGAAAAACUUGGAAAGCAAAAAUUUGUUGAUGCAGAAGGAGUCGAACUUGCGCAGAUUAUGCUCCGAGAAGGCAAAAUGAGCAAAGCCAGGGCACUGCGAGUUCUCAAUCAUGCAGUUGGUGGACAAGAUGGGGCACAAGCAUGUGAGCGGCUUGUUGAGGUAGGGUUAUUGCGAACCAUUUUUGGCAUGUUUAUGAAAAAGCAAGAUAACCAAACCAUCGAGCACUUGCUAGGCAUUUUUGCCUCUCUUCUACGUUUACUUCCUGGCGAAUCCCCUGCCCGAAUUCGAACGUUAGCGAAAUUUGUAGAAAAGGAAUAUGAAAAGGUCACCCGACUAGUGGAACUUCGACGGGGUUAUGCAUCUAGGCUUCUACCCAUUGACCAGAAUAUUUCUCAAGAGAAGGUAAAUUUGAGUGGAGAGGAACAAGAAUUGAUGGCUGCCGAGUGGCUCUCUCGAAGGCUAGAUGCUGGGCUAUUUUCACUCCAGACUAUUGAUAUUAUUCUUGCAUGGCUGGUGGCCGAGGAUGACGGUGCAAAAAGAAAGAUUAAAUCAAAUUUGUCCGAACAGGAUCAAGAUCUGAGCAUCAUUCGAGCUACUCUUCAAGAACAGUUCAAUGCAGAGCUCGUUCCUCGUGGAACUUCUGAGCUUCGAUUAGAAGCAGAACGACGCGUCCUAGUCCCUGCACCCCGAAUCGCGAUCCUCCGUUCGUCACAUCUGUACUCUCAGCAUUCCGAUCGCCCUCAAAAAAAAAUCCAGCGGACUCGAGGUGGCAGAAUGGAAGAGUACGAAGACGAAUAUGGUGAAGAUGGCUAUUACGAAGCAGAGGAGGGCAUCACCUCCGAAGAUUGUUGGACCGUCAUAUCUUCCUUCUUUGAAUCAAAGGGUCUUGUCUCCCAGCAGCUUGACUCCUUCGAUGAGUUCAUCUCGACAACCAUGCAAGAGCUGGUCGAGGAGCAAGGCCAGGUUACCCUCGACCAAACUAUUGCCCCAGAGGAAGACGAUCCAGAUCCAGUCCUAGUACGACGUUAUGAGCUUAAAUUUGGAACUGUGAUGCUUGCGCGACCGUCGAUGACGGAGGGUGACGGUGCCACAAGUAUCAUGUUGCCGCAGGAAGCGCGUCUUCGAAAUCUUACCUAUGCUAGUCCUCUUUAUCUUGGAAUAACGAAAAAAAUCGCAGAAGGAAGAGAACGAUCCUUAGCCGAGCGUGAUGACGAUGACGACGGCCCGGAGGAAAAGGGAGACGAAGAGAGACGGGCACGUGGUACAUAUUUACAAUGGGAGCCGAAAACUCUUCCCGAGGGCGAAGCAGACGAGGAGAAUAUUUUUAUUGGAAAGAUGCCAAUCAUGUUAAAAUCGAAAUAUUGUAUCCUUAAAGACCUUGGUGAACAUGCGUUGUAUAACUGGAAUGAAUGCCCCUACGAUUCAGGAGGUUAUUUCAUCAUUAACGGCAGUGAAAAGGUUCUUAUCGCGCAGGAGCGGAGCGCCGGAAAUAUCGUCCAAGUCUUUAAGAAAGCUCCCCCAAGUCCCACGCCCUACGUGGCUGAAAUUCGAAGCGCUGUUGAGAAGGGUUCACGAAUUCUAUCUCAAUUAUCUAUCAAGCUAUUCGCGAAAGGAGACAGCUCUAAAGGCGGCUUCGGCCCUACUAUCCGGUCUACCCUUCCCUAUAUCAAAACCGAUAUUCCAAUUGUCGUCGUCUUCAGAGCUUUGGGCGUCGUGUCCGACGAGGACAUUCUUAAUCACAUCUGCUAUGACCGCAACGAUACGCCGAUGCUGGAAAUGCUGAAGCCCUGUAUCGAGGAAGGGUUCGUCAUUCAGGAUCGUGAAGUCGCCCUUGAUUUCAUUAGUAAGCGAGGUUCUUCUCCAACGAGCAUGAACCAUGAAAAGCGUGUGAGAUAUGCGAGGGAUAUCAUUCAGAAGGAAUUCCUUCCUCAUAUUUCUCAGAGCGAAGGAAGUGAAACUCGUAAAGCUUUCUUUUUGGGCUACAUGGUCCAUAAACUACUUCAGUGCGCUCUUGGCAGACGAGAUGUCGACGAUCGUGAUCACUUUGGCAAGAAGCGGCUUGAUUUAGCUGGGCCUUUGCUCGCUAAUCUCUUCAGAGUUCUCUUUAUGAGACUUACAAAAGAUCUCUACAAGUAUGUACAACGCUGUGUCGAGACAAAUCGCCAGCUAUAUUUGAACAUUGGUGUCAAAGCCAGCACUUUGACGGGCGGUUUAAAAUACGCUCUUGCUACUGGUAACUGGGGUGAACAGAAGAAAGCAGCAAGUUCGAAAGCUGGUGUCUCACAAGUGCUUAACCGCUAUACUUACGCCUCUACAUUAUCACAUCUCCGAAGAACGAACACCCCUAUCGGCCGUGAUGGAAAAAUCGCUAAGCCUCGACAGCUGCACAACACACACUGGGGCUUGGUCUGUCCAGCGGAGACGCCAGAAGGGCAAGCUUGUGGCCUGGUCAAAAAUUUGGCUUUAAUGUGCUACAUCACUGUUGGUACUCCCAGCGAGCCGAUCAUCGACUUUAUGAUCCAACGAAACAUGGAAGUUUUGGAAGAAUUCGAACCUCAAGUGUCUCCCAACUCUACCAAAGUUUUUGUCAAUGGUGUUUGGGUUGGUGUCCAUAGAGACCCGUCACAUCUCGUGAGCACAGUCCAGUCACUACGCCGGAGAAACAUGAUUUCUCACGAGGUCAGCUUGGUGUGGGAUAUCCGUGACCGGGAGUUCAAAAUAUUUACCGAUGCGGGCCGCGUUUGCCGCCCGCUAUUCGUUGUUGACAAUGACCCGAAGAGCGAACACAGUGGGUCGCUUGUCCUUAGCAAAGAACAUAUUCAUAAGCUGGAAGCAGACAAAGAAAUUCCUCCAGACUUGGACCCGGAAGAGCGUCGGGAACGGUAUUACGGCUGGGAUGGACUAGUCAAAUCUGGUGUUGUCGAAUAUGUGGACGCGGAAGAGGAAGAGACCAUCAUGAUUGUCAUGACCCCUGAAGACCUAGAAGCCUCUAAACAGUACCGAGCUGGAUACAUACCUGAAGAGGACACGUCGGAUCCAAAUCGACGUGUCAAGUCGAAACUCAGCCAGAAGGCGCACACCUGGACUCACUGCGAAAUCCACCCCAGUAUGAUCCUGGGUAUUUGCGCCAGUAUCAUCCCAUUCCCCGACCACAACCAGUCGCCCCGUAAUACAUACCAAUCCGCCAUGGGUAAACAAGCAAUGGGUGUUUUCCUUACAAACUUCGAUCAAAGAAUGGAAACCAUGGCAAAUAUCCUGUACUAUCCGCAGAAGCCGUUAGCAACGACCCGAUCAAUGGAAUUCCUGAAAUUCCGAGAGCUUCCAGCCGGGCAAAAUGCCAUUGUGGCUAUUGCUUGUUACUCCGGGUAUAACCAAGAAGAUUCCGUCAUCAUGAAUCAAAGCAGUAUCGACCGUGGUCUCUUCCGAAGUUUAUUCUAUCGCACGUACACUGACUCAGAAAAGAUGAUCGGCUUAACGGUAGUCGAGCGGUUUGAGAAGCCCAUGAGAUCAGACACGCUACGCAUGAAACAUGGCACUUAUGACAAGGUCGAUGAUGAUGGUAUUGUAGCGCCAGGUGUUCGUGUGUCGGGCGAAGAUAUCAUUAUUGGGAAGACUGCACCAUUGGCGCCAGAGUCGGAAGAGCUCGGUCAGAGAACGAAACAACAUACCAAACUGGACGUUUCCACGCCCCUAAGAAGUACAGAAAGCGGUAUCGUCGAUCAAGUCCUUGUGUCAACAAGUAAUGAGGACCUCAAGUUUGUCAAGGUGCGCAUGCGAACAACGAAGAUUCCUCAGAUUGGCGAUAAAUUUGCGUCUCGCCACGGUCAAAAGGGUACUAUCGGUGUGACAUUCCGACAAGAGGAUAUGCCGUUUACAAGAGAGGGCAUUGUUCCUGAUCUGAUCAUUAAUCCCCACGCCAUUCCGUCUCGUAUGACGAUUGCCCAUUUGAUCGAGUGCCAACUUAGCAAAGUGUCGUCGCUCCGCGGCUACGAAGGUGAUGCGACCCCUUUUACAGACGUGACUGUCGACUCGGUCUCCAGCCUGCUCCGUGAGCACGGGUAUCAAUCACGCGGAUUUGAAGUGAUGUACAACGGCCACACAGGACGAAAGCUAGUAGCGCAGAUCUUCCUGGGACCGACAUAUUACCAGCGGCUACGGCAUAUGGUGGACGACAAGAUCCAUGCCCGUGCCCGUGGCCCUACUCAGAUAUUGACGAGGCAGCCUGUGGAGGGUCGUGCGCGUGACGGUGGUCUUCGGUUCGGAGAGAUGGAACGCGAUUGCAUGAUAGCCCACGGCGCCAGCGCAUUCUUGAAAGAGCGAUUGUUCGACGUGUCUGAUCCGUUCCGUGUUCACAUAUGCGACAUUUGUGGGCUAAUGACCCCGAUUGCGUAA